AUAUUCAGGACUAUCUGUUGAUCACUAUAGCGAUGAUAAAGCAAAAAGCCAAUAAAAUAUGACAUUCAUUUUCUGAUAUCUGACGUAACAGACGGCUGUGCUCAUGCAGGCAGGGUGGCAUGAGGGGAAGCAGUGAGGGGGUCCUGCCUCCCCCACCGUGCAUGUGUAACACACGGUGCCAGUUCUCUGAGCCUCCAUUGCCUGACUGUGACAAGAGGAUCAUCCUAACUUCUCUAGGAACCUCACAAAAUUAAAGAUCAAUGAGAAAAGCACCUCAUAAACUCUGAAAAGCCAGAUGUUAUAAUAUUAUGAAGAUAUUAUCCAGGCCAGGCAUGGUGGCUCAAGCCUGUAAUCCCAACACUUUGGAAGGCUGGAGGAUGGCUUGAGCCCAGGAGUUUCAGGCUGCAGUGAGCUAUAAUUGCACCACUGCACUCAGGUGACAGAGCAAGACCCUGUCUCAAAAAAAGAAAAAAGAAAAGAUACUAUCCAGUCACUUUGACACCAAGAGUAAGAUCAGGCCAUUGUAGCCUCUACUGUACAAUUCCAGCAGGGAAGGAGCUCAACACUGAAUUCUAAAGCUAUGCACUUGACUGUUUUCUUUCUCCUUGACCUUUUCAUAGCAGGGGUGAACAACUGGAUGCUGAGGAGGAAAAAACUGGGCAAAUUAAAGGGGAAUGAGCUUCAGACCCCAUGCAGAGCUGGCUGUGAGUCCGGGUUUCACUGCUCACCAGCUGCGUGACCUUGAGCAUGUGACUUCCCCACUCUGAGCUGCGGUGGCCUCAGUGCGACACCUGGGUGGUGGUUAAAAACCUCGUGAUCCACAAAUGAAGGCCCUUGUUAUUAGUUGGCAAAAAAUUAAGGAAAAACAAAGAACACCAUGGCCUUGAAGAGUGUUGGGCAGGAGACUGCUCCUCCUCUGGAGGAAAGUGAAGACAGGAGGUUGUCACAUCGUCUCUGACAUGGAGAGUGGCUUCGGGGCCAUCCAUAGGGGAAGGACACAGAGCUCUUGAGCCCCCUUCUAGAUUCAAGCUUGGCGUUUUACAGGGAUGGAGGAAGUAGCCACCAAAAGGGAAUGAUUUGCAGGCCACCAGAAAUGUGCCUGAGGUCCCACCUGUGGACCCUCCAUUUUUGGAUCCUGUUCCCUUUCAAUGCCGGAUCCCAGGACGCUGGUAUCCUGCAUAGAUUUCAGGUACAUCACUGAUGUCCUGACUGAGGAGGAUGCCCUAGAAAUACUGCAGAAAGGUCAAGUUGGUAAAAAAGAAAGAGAGAAGCAAAUGCUGACACAAGGCUACCCUGCUUACACGACAUCGUGCGCCUGGCUGGGGUACUCAGAUGACACGUUGAAGCAGCUCUGUGCCCAGGCGCUGAAGGAUGGCUGGACCAGGUUUAAAGUAAAGGUGGGUGCUGAUCUCCAGGAUGACAUGCGAAGAUGCCAAAUCAUCCGAGACAUGAUUGGACCGGAAAAGACUUUGAUGAUGGAUGCCAACCAGCGCUGGGAUGUGCCUGAGGCGGUGGAGUGGAUGUCCAAGCUGGCCAAGUUCAAGCCAUUGUGGAUUGAGGAGCCAACCUCCCCUGAUGACAUUCUGGGGCACGCCACCAUUUCCAGGGCACUGGUCCCAUUCGGAAUUGGCAUUGCCACAGGAGAACAGUGCCACAAUAGAGUGAUAUUUAAGCAACUCCUACAGGCGAAGGCCCUGCAGUUCCUCCAGAUUGACAGUUGCAGACUGGGCAGUGUCAAUGAGAACCUCUCAGUAUUGCUGAUGGCCAAAAAGUUUGAAAUUCCUGUUUGCCCCCAUGCUGGUGGAGUUGGCCUCUGUGAACUGGUGCAGCACCUGAUUAUAUUUGACUACAUAUCAGUCUCUGCAAGCCUUGAAAACAGGGUGUGUGAGUAUGUUGACCACCUGCAUGAGCAUUUCAAGUAUCCCGUGAUGAUCCAGCAGGCUUCCUACAUGCCUCCCAAGGAUCCUGGCUACUCUACAGAAAUGAAGGAGGAAUCUGUAAAGAAACACCAGUAUCCAGAUGGUGAAGUUUGGAAGAAACUCCUUCCUGCUCAAGAAAAUUAAGUGCUCAGCCCCAAAAACUUUUUUCUUUCUGAAGUGAAAAGGCUUAAAAUUUCUUGGAAAUAGUUUUACAAAAAUGGAUUAAAAAAAUCCUACCGAUCAAGAUUAGUUCAGCUAAAAGUCAUACCACCCUCAGGAAUCAGCUAAGUAAUUAUUACUUGAUUCUUUUAGCAAAUCAAUGCACAUUAUCCUACUUAAUCCUUAAAUAAAUAAGUUUAGAUUUAACUAACCCAAAGUCCAGGAGGAUGUUCUUACAAAAAUAGCUAUAUCCAGGGCUGGCACCUAGACAUUAAACUGUACUUUGAAAAUAAGCAACGUGUUGCAUAACUUGUUGGAAUAAUUCCUUGUUCUAUUUAACAACACUUGUCAUAAAUUAGCAGAAUAAAAAUAGUCGUGCAACAA